AUGGCUAGAAGAAGAACCCUAAUUCCGCACACCCAUCGUCACCCGAAAUCCCGACUUUCCUCCUCCCAGAGUCCAUUACUUCCGGGUCCUCCGCCUUCGGAUUUCAGCCCCGACGAAGCUCUGUAUAGAACCCUGAAAAAACCACGCCUCACCUACGAGAACGGCUCCGAAACAUCGUCGGUUUCGGCCGAUUUCAUAGCCGAGAGCGGAGACCUCUUGACCCAAAUCUUUGUACACUUACCUCCAAAGUCCCUCUUCCGGUUCCAAGCCGUGUCUAAGCUAUGGCGUUCAACCUUAAGGAGCCCGUCUUUCCUGCGUCUCCGUACGAGGAAUGUCGGUGCUCAGUUUUUGUUCCACCGGAGUUACGACGGAUCAGAAGAAACGCAUGCUCUCGAUCUCAACUUUAUUUCACUUGACAAAGCGUACGUAGAUACGAUGAGUGAUGUUGUUUCGGACAUGCGAAAUAUCUUCGAUUUCAAUCAAGUUGUGGGAUUUCACUCGUGCAAUGGGUUACUGGCAAUCGCGUUAAAAUCUGGUUGUGAUCAAACAAUUGAUUUUUACGUGUAUAACCCGACUACUCGUUCGUGCAGGCUUAUACCACGUCGUUAUGUUCACAAUAUUUAUUACCCGCAACUCAAGCCAGAGAAUAUUUUCCCUCAAACUCCUCGGCGUUUUAUAGCUUUAUAUAUUGCAUUUGAUCCUUUACAAUCUGAGCACUACAAGUUACUAUAUCUUUGGCAUGAAGGAAGUUGGGUUACAUGCUCGAGUUAUGCUUCUGAUACUCAGAUUUGGAGGGAUUGUGAGUGGGUGUUUGAUGACGAAGAUGCAGAAGUAGAACCUGAUUUGAAGAAGGGUGUACUUUGGAAUGGAGAUUUCUUUUGGGUUGAUCCACAUGGGUACACUUAUUGCUUUGAUUUUAAAAGUGGGAGUAUGAAGACAAUAACUGCCUUGCCUCCAAACGCCCUUACCGGACAUACUGGAGAAGAAGAAGAGCAUUUUUCUUGGCCUGAAAUCUUCUAUUUUGGUGUUUCGGGUGGCGAUUUAUGUCUUAUCGGGCUAACGGACCCUCACGCAAUGCUAUUUGAAGUGCACAAGAUGGAGUUGGACUAUUCGAGAUGGAAUUUCAAUGGUCGGUUUGACCUUUCUCCUUUGCGUGCUCUUUGUCCAUCAAUGUUUGUUGAAGAGAAUUUUCAUGUACUUGAUUGCCUUGUGGACGAGAAGCAGAACUUACCUGCCGAGUUGAUGAUCUCAUCUCCUGGUAAAAUCGUUUCCUAUAAUUUGCAGGACAAAGAGAUUGCUGAUGUAGUUAUGGAGGAUCCUCAUGUUUCGCCAAAGAAGAUGUCCAUAUUUCGCUGGGGUGAAGCGUUCCAAUACGUCGAGACUUUUGUUCCUGUUUAG